GGGCCCCGCGAUUUCCUACUACUGUCGAUCCAGCUUUAAUUGUGUCUGCACUAAAUACUGCGCAACCGUCGAUGUGAUUGAACUUUUUUGACGCCUGAUGCUGACGUUACUUUGAUGAUCAGAUGAACUCCAGGACUGGUAACAUACCUAGUAGGUGUUGAAGUAAAUUCUCACGAUAAAUAAACUUUUUUAGAUUUGGCUCCAUGAUGGAUGUCAAAAUGGAGAGGUGCUGAUUCGAAAUGCACAUUAUCAUCGGUCUCUAGGAGUUGCCCACUGUGUGAAGAAAUCAGUUGGGUUAAACAGUUUACAAGUAGGACUGAACUGAAGGUGUACAGAUCAAUACUGGUUAGAUUUAGAAAGCUUAAUAAGUGAAGAAACAGUGGAAGUGCCAUCAUGGCAUCUGCUGGACAUGCACACUUCCAUGUCAUUAAUGAGAUAACCAAUAGCCUAUUCCUGACAAGUGCAUAUGGUGUCAGUAGCCCAACAGCUCUUCGCACCAAAGGAAUAACAUGCAUCAUCAACAUCUCGCUGUCGUUUCAAACCCCUACGCCCAAACUGCGCGACAUUGAGUUUGUCCGGAUUGCCGUGGACGACAUCCCCACGGCGCAGUUGGGCGUGCACUUUGACCGGAUCGCCGACAAGAUUUACAGUGUGAAGAAAAGCGGCGGGAAAACCGUCGUUCAUUGCUACGCUGGCCGCAGUCGAUCGGCAUCGUCCGUGAUGGCGUAUCUCAUGAAAUAUGAGCACAUGACUCUCAAACAGGCCCACAACCACGUGAAAUCGCGUCGUCCGGUCAUACGCCCGAAUCCAGGAUUCUGGAAGCAGUUGAUCACGUAUGAGCAUCGACUUUAUGGUAAGAACAGUGUGAAGAUGAUGUAUACCCAUGCUGGUGCCAUCCCGGAUGUUUAUGCGCAAGAGCUGAAAAAUUUUGUGCAUUUGUGAGCAGGGUUCACACAGUCACUGAAGUGAUGAUAUCGUAUUCAAUUAUUGCUACAUGUACAUACAGAAAGGAAUGCAUAAUAUGCUGUAUUCAAGAAUGGAUAUAUUUGAAAUGUUGAUUGCAUUUGCGAAUGAGACUUAAUUCUUGACUUUGAGCUUACUGUAUGUGAACGAAACAUCAUGUUCAAAACAUUGUAAGUGUAAUGUAGGAUGAUAAAAUGCAUACAUGUACCUCUGAGGGCCACACCUGUAAACUGGAGCUGAAAAGAAAACUAAUUCUGUUAUUGAGAUCUGUUCAUAAGAGGACUUGUCCUAUAUAUUUGCGGUCAAGUGUGAAUUGAUCAUCGUGCAGUUUCAGUUUGGAGUGAUGCAUUGGGCCACAUAUUCCCAUGGAGCUCAAAUUUUAUGCGUUUGAAACUGGAAGUGAGCAAUUGUUGAUCACUGAGUGAUUUUGUGAGGUAUAUACAGAUGAUGAUUGCAAUAUUAGACAUUUUUUGUGCAAGCAAUUGUAUUGAUGUCACUGAAUGCUAUUUACCCUGUAUAGGUGUGUCACUGUAUCUUUGAGGAUUACUUCGAUGUAGAUUUCAAAUUCUCCAUGGCGAUUUCCUGAUUUUCACACCACUGGAUGUUUGGUCCUAGGUCCACACACACAUCUGUUGUGUAUAAAACUGUGUAUAACUUAAUACAGUUACAGGUAGCUUUAUAAAACAGUGCUUACCCCUGUUCAUGUACGUGAAUAUUCAGUGAAGUACAUGUAAUUGAAAUAUUGCUGAAUAGAAUUUGUUGUAAAUGGACAUAGUGUUCUGUUAAAUUGAUCUUCAUCCAAGGCUUAGAAAUUUUGACAAGGCAGAUGGAAUAUUUUAAAAGUAAUUUUUAUUUAGUUUCGUUUUGAUUGUGCAUAUCUAUGCAUGAUUAUUAUCAUUUUUGUAUGAUCAGAAUUUCCACAGCAGCCUAUUGAGUGAUGUGUGCCUGUGUGUGACCUCCAAAGGAAUACCAUAAACUUGCCUCCCGUAAACACAAAGGUUAAUGAAUAAUCAUACACUUAAUGUUCAUGAUUGAUUCUACAUUGUAGUCAAUGCAAAUAUGCAAUCAAUGGUAGAAAAUGUUUCUACGAUCAUUGCUAUAAAGCUUUGUGUUUGGGCCCCAGGGCUCAAAUUAAUUAUGACCUUAGAAUGGCCUUGAUGGCCAUGUACAUAAUUUGUAGACUUAGGCCAAAGUUAGCUCCUUUUUGACUGAGGCCUUGAUGCCCUUUGAGCUGUGGUAAUCCAGAUAUUAAGUACAUUUAUUGGUUUCCUUUUUUUGAUGACCGUGGAUGCCUGUAAAGUGUGCAUCACCUUCCCUUUCCUUAUUAAAAGUGCCCUAUUUAGAUAAUGGCCAUGUUCAUUUUAUAUCAUAAACCUACACAUGUAGAAGAAUUCCCAGUAUACAUGUAUGCAUUGGAAUCUAUUAUAUUAUUUGUCUUUUAAAAAAUACGGCACCUGAAGUGACAAAAUGCCAUGGUUCUAUAGAAUUCAAUAUUGGGUGGUUGUUUAUGGGGGGGGGGGCAUGGUUGAAUUGUG